AUGAGGAGCGGGGGGCGGCUGCCGGCGCUGGCGCCGGUGCUGGCGGCGCUGCUGGGGCUGUGUAGCGCCGAGCGCAGGGCGCUGGUGCUGCCGCGGCGCCUGGGCGCGCCCGGCGCCCGCGAGCGCUUCCGCCUGGAGGCCUUCGGGGAGCGCCUGACGCUGGAGCUGGAACCCGACAGCAGCUUCCUGGCCCCGGACUUCACCCUGCAGUACCUAGGCGGGCCGCCGCCGCCGCCCGAGGACGACCUCUCCCGCUGCUUCUACUCCGGCACGGUGAACCGGGACCCCGGCUCGGCGGCCGCGCUCAGCCUGUGCGCGGGGCUGCGCGGCGCCUUCUCGCUGCGGGGCCGCCAGUACCUCAUCCAGCCGGCGCCCGGCACCGCGCACCGCCACGGGCCGCACCUCCUGCACCUCCGCGGCGCCCCGCGGGCCGCCCGCUGCGCCGUGGCCGAGGCGGGGGCCGGGGCGGAGGGGCCGGAGCCCGUCGAGCCCGCAGAAACGAGAAGCAGGAGGAAGAAGAGGUUCGUGUCCAGCCCCCGCUACGUGGAGACCAUGCUGGUGGCCGACCAGUCCAUGGCUGAGUUCCACGGCAGCGGGCUGAAGCACUACCUGCUGACCCUGCUCUCCGUGGCCGCCAAGCUGUACAAGCACCCCAGCAUUCGCAACUCCAUCAGCCUCGUGGUGGUGAAGAUCAUGGUCAUUUACGAGGAGCGCAAGGGCCCGGAUAUCUCCUCCAACGCCGCCCUGACUCUGAGGAACUUCUGCAGCUGGCAGAAGCAGCACAACCCGCCCAGCGACCGGCACGCCGAGCACUACGACACAGCCAUCCUCUUCACCAGGCAGGACCUGUGCGGUGCCAAGACAUGUGAUACUCUUGGGAUGGCUGAUGUGGGAACAGUUUGUGAUCUAAACCGCAGUUGCUCUAUCAUAGAAGACGAUGGUUUGCAGGCUGCCUUCACAACAGCCCACGAAUUAGGCCACGUGUUUAACAUGCCUCAUGACGAUGCAAAGCAGUGUGCUGGCAUCAAUGGAAUGAGCCGGGAUUUCCACAUGAUGGCAUCCAUGCUCUCCAACCUGGACCGCAGCCAGCCCUGGUCCCCAUGCAGUGCCUACAUGAUUACAACAUUUUUGGAUAACGGUCAUGGGGAGUGUUUGUUGGACAAGCCCCACAGGCCCAUCCAGCUCCCUUCGGACUUGCCUGGCACGCUGUACGAUGCCAACAGGCAGUGCCAGUUCACGUUUGGAGAUGAGUCCAAGCACUGCCCUGACGCAGCCAGUACGUGCACAACGCUGUGGUGCACCGGCACCUCGGGAGGGCUGCUCGUGUGCCAAACCAAACACUUCCCUUGGGCAGACGGCACCAGCUGCGGGGAAGGGAAGUGGUGCAUGAAUGGCAAGUGUGUGAAUAAGACUGAGAAGAAGCAUUAUGAUACACCAGUGCAUGGGAGCUGGGGGUCCUGGGGGGCGUGGGGCGAGUGCUCCCGGAGCUGCGGUGGCGGAGUGCAGUAUUCCUUCAGGGAAUGUGACAACCCUGUCCCCAGGAACGGGGGCAAGUACUGCGAAGGGAAACGGGUGCAGUACAGGUCCUGUAACAUCGAGGACUGCCCUGACAACAAUGGCAAAACGUUCAGGGAGGAGCAGUGUGAGAAGCACAACGAGUUUUCCAAGUCGGCCUUUGGAAGUGGACCUGCAGUGGAGUGGACACCCAAGUUUGCUGGUGUGUCUCCAAAGGACAGGUGCAAGCUGGUUUGCAGGGCCAAGGGAACGGGAUACUUCUUUGUUCUACAGCCAAAGGUGGUGGAUGGCACCCCGUGCAGCCCCGACUCCACGUCUGUGUGCGUGCAGGGCCAGUGUGUGAAGGCCGGCUGCGACCGCACCAUCGGCUCCAACAAGAAGUUUGACAAGUGUGGCAUCUGCGGGGGCAACGGCUCCACCUGCAAGAAGGUGUCUGGUACCCUUGUGAGAGCCAAACCCGGCUACCACGACGUGGUCACCAUCCCAGCGGGGGCCACCAACAUCGAGGUGAAGCAGCGGAAUCACCGGGGCGCCAGGCACGAUGGCAGCUUCCUGGCCAUCAAAGCCGCCGACGGCACCUACGUCCUCAACGGCGACUACACGCUGUCCACGCUGGAGCAGGACAUCACCUACAAGGGCAGCGUGCUGCGCUACAGCGGCUCCUCGGCCGCCCUGGAGCGCAUCCGCAGCUUCAGCCCGCUGAAGGAGCCCCUGACCAUCCAGGUGCUGACGGUGGGCGACCUGCCGCAGCCCAAGAUCAAGUUCACCUACUUCGUGAAGAAGCCGGCACAGCCCGGCUCCGACAAGGCGGCCGGCAGGAAGAAAGAAUCCUUCAACGCCAUCAGGGAGAUCAUCUCCUCGGAGUGGGUGAUCGAGGAGUGGGGCGAGUGCUCCAAGUCGUGCGGCUCGGGCUGGCAGAGGCGCGCCGUGGAGUGCCGGGACCCGCGGGGCCGGCCGGCCGCCGACUGCGCCCGUGAGCUGAAGCCCAGCAACCUGCGGCCCUGCGCCGACGUGCCCUGCCCGCAGUGGCAGCUGGGGGACUGGUCCCCCUGCUCCAAGACGUGUGGGAAAGGCUUCAAGAAGAGGUUGUUGAAAUGUGUCUCCUCCGACGGCGGUGUGCUGCCCCAAGAAAGCUGUGAGCCCUCCAAGAAACCCAAGCACCUGAUAGACUUCUGCAACGCCACGGACUGCAGCUAG